AUGCAGGGGUUCGGGGAGUUUGUCGACCUGCCUCAGAAUGUGGUCUCUGGUGAUCAUUCCAGCGGAAAAUUGUCCAUGCUCGAAGCUCUCUCUGGCGUGCACUUCCCCCGCAGCGAUACGCCCUGUACACGCCUUCCAACCGAAGUUGUCCUGCGAAAAGACUCCAAUAUUGAAGUUGCGAGUUGGUCCAGCUUCGUCUCAGGGAUCAAGCGGUUCAUGAAUCGAAACCGUGAUAGAAAACGGUUCCCCUUUUUCGUUGGAGAGUGGAGUAUCGACUUCGCAACCCGUGGUUUCAUCACAUCUGUUCCCCCUCCAGUCGUUGACUUGUUGGCAACCGAACAAGCCGGUACUAAGAUCACACUGGUUGUGCUGUUGGCCGCCAGGGACGCAUUCGAUCAUCGGAUUCAGAGUGCAGGUUCCCUUAACUUUGACAUGGAAACCUCUUUUGUCUUCGUUUCGACGGUGGUGGAGAGGGAGGAAUAUGAUGCCGAGAUCUCGGCGGACGCCGACCCCGUACUUCCCACUCCUGCAGUAACCUUUCCGCCAGUAGUCCAGCCUUCACUUUUCGUCGCCGUAACUGAGGUCGAUUUUCUCAAAGUGAAGUCCAACGUGUUAUUGUAG